AUGGCCUCGCAGAGUCCGACUUCCACGAUACCCCUGACCGCAUAUCCCACCACUCCUUACUUUGCCGACGACGUCGAAUGGAUCACAGCCUAUCUAGACAUUCAUGUCCUCUCUACUGCAAGCAUGGUGUACGCAUAUAUCCUUUGGAUUAUACUCGCCAUCAUAGUUUUUGGGUGCGCUGCCUCUCAUCUACUAGGUCCAACCACAAGCUCCCUAGGUGCACGAUGGUACAAGUGGGCAGUUCGCCGGAGAACUUGGAGAAAACAACACGCCCUCCGAAUUGCCCAGCAGAGGGGAGACCCCCAUAGACAACCCCUUCCCCUCCCCUCUAAUGCCCAGAUCCUCACUCUUACCGUCCUCGUAAUCGCGACAAUGGCCUUGGCUUUUGUCGGACCAGACUACUUUGCUCCUGGUUCUAGGAUCUGGAAUGCUUGGUGGACAUCUGGCAAUCGCACUGGUCUCAUUGCAUUUGCUCUGUUCCCCCUCUGUGUCCUCUUGGCUCUCAAAGCCCCUCCGUUCGCUGUUCUGGCAUUGCCUUUUGUCGCGCAGCUGCACUUUGACAAGCUCGCUUGGAUCCAUAAAUGGAUCGGUCGUCUCAUUUGGUUGCUUUCCGCGCUCCAUGUCGCACUUUGGAGUGUGCAGUUGCUGGUCGAGAAGAGAAGCAGUACGGGGCAGUUUGUGUAUACAUACGCCUUUCAAUACCGGAAUUUUAUCUACGGAUGGAUUGCAUUCGGUGUCAUGACACUGCUGGUUGCCUCCUCAUUCCGACCCAUCCGGCAACUACAUUAUGAACUAUUCUAUUGUUUGCACAUCCUUCUAGUACCACUCACUUUGAUAUUCUCUGCGCUCCACCACCCACCGGUUUGGUAUUGGUGCUGGGCAGCGCUCGCGGUCUGGGCAGGAGAACGCCUCUGGAGAUCGAUCUGGUGGAUGCAAGCCAAUGGGUAUUUCGGUGGGAUGGUGGCGCCUCCACCCUCAAAUAGGCUACACAAAGUCCCGACACGCAACGGAGACGCUCUACCGGAGGCAUUAGAGAUGAGCAACUUGCGCUCGCCUACGUCUCCAAGCAAGUUGAGGCACUACAGCUCGCCUUCCGCUCCAAAGUUUGCAAUCGACGUGCAUCAGGCCCGCACGACCACGAAGGUCUCUUUUGGUGCCUCUGGGAGGUACGUAGCACCGCCUGGGUUCGCUCAUGCAGAGCUUCUGCCUGGACGAACGGUGCGCCUACGCCUGAUCACACCGGGCUACCUGCCUUGGGCUCCAGGCCAGCACUUCCUUCUCCGCGUUCCCGCCGUAUCGGGUCUCACAACUCAUCCGUUCACGAAUGCAACAGUAUGUGACCAGGAGGCACCGACGGACGAAGGCCGCGAGCUUGUAUUCCUGAUCCGUGCGAAGAAUGGCUGGACGAAGCGUUUAUGGGACACCGUUGCCCAGAUGGUGGCCAGAGGUCACGGUCACGUUCCAGGCGAAUCGCUUCCUGCGAGUUACGACGUGCCCGGCCGCGGCGUGCUACUGCGCACAUAUGUGGACGGCCCAUUUGGCUCUGCGGCGAGAGCGAGGUGGGGCUCAUACUCGACAGUGCUCAUUGUCGCGGGCGGCUCCGGCGUGAGCUUCGGGCUUUCUAUACUACAGUACAUGUGCCUCUGUCUCGCCGGAAGAGAUGGUCAGAGUCUGGGCGGCAAGAAGGGCGGCUGGGGGCAGCCUGGAUUCCGCACGACUCGGGUGCGCUUUGUCUGGCUGGUGCGAGAGUUUAGUCACAUUCAGUGGUGUGCCACCUUACUGCGCCGUUGCAUGUCCAUGAUCCCUGCAUCCGAGCUGCAAGUCGAUAUCUUCGUGACGAACGUCAAGCCGUCCCUUAACAGGCUUAGCGAUAUGCACUACCUACCAGACAGCCCAGAUGGUCUUGCGCCGCCUGUGCCCCGGUUUGCUCGCGAAGAACGAAAUGUGUUGCGCAAGAAGCGGGACCGGCCAUCGUCCAUUGCAUCAAUCGAUGACAGCGAUACCGACAGCUUCGUUGACCUGAGCUACUAUACAGGCGAUUUCAACGAGGGUGGAGAGCUCGGGCAUGAGGAGCACGUCCUUGAUCUGACGAACUUCGAGGGUGACGACGAUACGGCCUUGCCAGGCGAGUCGCAAUUCAACCAGACCGUCAAGCGCGAGGGCAAGCUUCGGAGGGCCGCCUCACAAAGCGCGUUGGCAUUGCUUUCUAAAGGCAAGCGUAAGCGGCCAGUCGAGCACCCGCCGAUGCCAACUCAGAUGCCCCCAAGUCCGUCAACAGUGCGCUUGGUCGACUAUUCUACGAGUCUUGAAGAGUCUUCCCCCACAUAUGAGGGGUCACCCAACGAUGGCCCAUUCGAGCAGGACAUUGGGACGCUCACCUCUCCGCAUUCGGGCUCAUCCUCCACGACGGUUCUUUCUCCUGAUGCCCCCUUCCCUACCUCCACCCCCACUCUCCGCUUGCAUGAGUCUUACCCGCCGGGUGAGGCACUGAGCUCGCCAAGCAGCUCCUCUGGCAUCCCGAUGUUGGCAAGGCCGCGUUCAACUGCUUCGCACGUCAGUGAGUAUUCUGACGCGGGCAGCCUGGCUGCGUUGGUAGCGGAGAUAGACACCAAAGGCGGGGACCACCUGCGGCUCGAACUCGACGAGCUAGAGAUGCAGGAUGUGGGCAUCGUCGCGGAGCAUGCGCGGCCGGGAAAGCCUAAGUUGGACCGGAUCUUGGAGGAUGAGGUGGGACGGGCGCGGGGACCGAUCCUUGUAGGAUGUUGCGGGCCGCUGUCGCUGAAUGCGAUGAUGCGGAAGACCAUUGCAGCGCAAAUCGAUCCUGGUCGAAUACGACGGGGCGACCUCAGUGGAUCCAUCACGCUCAUUUCAGAGGACUUCGAGUAUUGAUACAUCGUCUGUUCGCUAGAUUUUUGUGGUGGCACAGUUUUCCUUACUACGCUGUCGUCGCAGGACUGUUGCCGUGUUUUGUAUCUCUACCGUCGGUUUGCUUUCUAUACGUCCAACCUAGAUCCGCAGUACGAUAACCCUGCAUAGUCGUCAGCAAUGUACAUUUCGAACUUCACGUUGUAGUUUGUACCACUUGUCAUGAAUUGAUCAGUUUGUGCGAACUGA